GGUGCUGUGUUCUUGAAUUGAUGCAAUUAAUAGACUGCUGGCUAGCACAGCUUCCAAGCCUCCUAACAGAGCAGUGUUCAGACAAUAUCAUCGAUAUCACAGCUUAUCCUUAUGGGCUGUCUUAACUUUAGCGGAAAUGAGACUUUGCCUGGCAGGCAUCCAUAUACUGUGCAGACCUCUGUGCUGCUAACGAUUCUGGUGGGCAUCUUCAUCCUGCUAACCGUGUUUGGCAAUGUCAUGGUAGUAAUUGCUGUAAUCACAAGCCGAGCCCUGAGAGCACCUCAGAACUUGUUUUUAGUCUCCCUGGCAUGUGCGGACAUCCUAGUUGCCACCUUCGUGAUGCCAUUCUCUUUAGCGAACGAACUGAUGGGUUAUUGGUACUUUGGUAAAAUAUGGUGCGAAAUCUACCUGGCUUUGGAUGUGCUCUUCUGCACCUCAUCAAUUGUUCACCUGUGUGCCAUCAGCCUGGACAGAUACUGGUCUGUCACUCAAGCCAUUGAGUACAACCUGAGGAGGACACCACGCAGGAUUAAAAGGACAAUCUUCAUAGUCUGGGUGUUGGCGGCCAUCAUUUCCUUCCCUCCACUUAUCACAAUGAAAAAGGAUGAGGGUAAAGAGGACAGCCCCAAAUGUAGAAUUAAUGAGGAGAAAUGGUACAUUAUAUUCUCCAGCACUGCCUCCUUCUUUGCACCCUGUGUCAUCAUGAUUACGGUGUAUGUUCGAAUCUACCAGAUUGCCAAGAAAAGAACAAAAGCCCCUCCAGGCGAAAGACAAGGAGCAAAUAACAAGUCAGAAGACACAAAGUAUAGUUUGGAAACCCUGGAGAGAAAAUACAGAGAAGGGAGAGAAGUGAAAGGCAAAGACUGUAGAGAGGUCAAUGGGAUAGACGUGGAGGAAGAGCCCUCCUCUUCUGAUGGAAAUGAAAUCACCCCUUGUUCCCUGAAGAAAAAGAGGGGUCUGAGAACAUCCAAAGUGGCUCAGGUGAAGCCUGGAGAAACCUUGAAGCCAGAGGUGCAGCCCAGUGUGAGAAUGAACAGGUGGAAAGGAAGGCAAUACAGAGAGAGGCGUUUCACUUUUGUUCUGGCCGUGGUUAUGGGAGUGUUUGUUCUCUGCUGGUUCCCCUUCUUCUUCACAUACACACUCACUGCUGUGUGUUACACCUGCUGUGUCCCAGAGACACUGUUCAAGAUGUUUUUCUGGCUCGGUUACUGCAAUAGCUCACUAAAUCCUGUUAUAUACACUAUAUUCAAUAAUGACUUCAGAAGGUCUUUAAAAAAGAUCCUUUGUGCAAGGGAUAGAGGAACUUUAUAA